UAGGCAUGUUCACUCAGGUUACAAAUCCAUCUAAUUCUUUUUUCACUUAUUAAAUACAGCAUAUAAAACCUAAAAUAAAAUUAUAAGAACUUAAUUAUUAUUCUAUAAUUAUAUAAAAAUAAUUUAAAAUGCUUUAAUUUUUAUCGGUGAUCAGCCGACUGCGAACACCAAUCAGAGCGCGGUGACGUCACUGGCCGAAAAACAAGCUGACAUUUCUGUCAUAAUCAAUACUUAAAGUACGACCGGCAAACUGUUUAUAUCUUUAUUUCAAUAGUACGACUAUAAAAACCUCAUAUUUUGUUAGUAUAAUGGAGAGUGGUUUCAUCAAAGCAAAUAGCGGUAAUUUACCGAAGAUAGAUUCUUUGAUGGUAGCAAAUUUUUUUGCUACAAACAAAGACUUUUGUGCAGCGGAGCUCAGAAACGUGAAAAUAUCUUUAUCAUCAAGAGAAUGUUAUGGCGAUGAUGCCGUGGGAUACGUACAACUAAAGAGAGAAUCUAAUAUUUGUACUGUGAAGUGUCGUGUGUGCCCAGAGCACAAAGUUCGUGCCAAACCCUACACAGUGACUGUCGUUGUGGAUGAAAAAAACAGUAUAGUUAAGAGUACACAAUGCCACGACUGUGCUGCGUCAGCAGGUGGUUGUAAACAUGGAGUGGCAUUUUUGAUGUGGCUUCAUAGAAGAAGCGAAGAACCGUCGUGUACAGAGGUAGCAUGCUACUGGAAAAAAUGUACGUUAUCCAAAGUGGGAACAACUUUAAAGUAUAUAACAGCAGCCGAAUUAGCAAAAGGCCAUGCCUCAACCUCAUCGGAUCCCCAUGUUGUUGAAAAAUUUGUGGAACAACUAACAGCUAAAGGCAAUAGCAACUGCGAGCUGUUAAAAUAUGUACAAAAUACCACUAAUGAGAUGGAAGGUCUGUCUUUGUACCAUUUAGUGCAGAAAUAUAAGGAAGAAUGUGGUGAGGACUUUAUUAAGAAAGUAUUGGGUUUAUUUACUCCAGCAUUAUUAGAAAAAAUUGAGGAAGUUACAAGAGACCAGUCCAGCAGCAGCUUAUGGCAUGAGUUAAGGUUUGGAAGAAUAACUGCUUCAAAAGCCUAUGAAGUUAAGAAAUGCAAGACAAGGGAUGGUGCAUUAAUAUCUUUGAUAAUGGGUGGUACCAUUCCUGAGACUCCAGCUAUUAAGCGUGGCAGGAUUUUAGAAAAUAAAGUACGAGAAACUGUUGAAAAAAUAUUAAAAAAAAAGAUACGAAGAUGUGGGCUUUUUAUUAGCCAAAAAUUUCCUAUGAUUGCUGGUUCUCCUGAUGGUAUCGGUGAGCAAUUUCUGAUAGAAAUAAAAUGUCCUUUCAAUGAGAACACUAUAAAAAAUUAUAUUCAGAAUGGGAAACCCUCAUCGAAGUGUUAUGACCAGAUGCAAAUCCAAAUGUAUGUUUGUGGAUACAAAAAGUGUUUCUUUUGCAUCGCAGAUAUAAACUUUCAAAGUAAUAACAAAGUUGAUAUAAUAUCAGUAAAUUAUAAUGAAGAGUAUGUUGAGACUUUAUUGCAGUCUUUAUUAUUAUUUUGGAAGACAAAUAUCUACCCGUUACUAUAUAAAACAACAGAAACGUAGUAGGCACUUAUGUAAAUAUGCAAGUAAAUAAAAAUACUAAAUGAUUGGUA